AUGAACAAGCCGGCAGUUCUCAACUGGAGCGUCUACUCACCCGUGAAAUGGAGAAUCUAUCUAGAACUGAGCUGGAGCCAACGCAGUUCUACACUGGAGAGCCAAAGUAGUUCUGCACUGAAGAGCCAAAGUAGUUCUGCACUGGAGAGUCAAACUAGUUCUGCACUGGAGAGCCAAAGUAGUUCUGCACUGGAGAGCCAAACUAGUUCUGCACUGGAGAGCCAAAGUAGUUCUGCUCUGGACAAUCAAACUAGUUCUACAUUGGAGAUCCAAAGUAGUUCUGCACUGGAGAGCCAAAGUACUUCUGCUCUGGACAACCAAACUAGUUCUGCACUGGAGAGCCAAAGUAGUUCUGCACUAGACAGACAAGGUAGUUCUGCUCUGGACAGCCAAACUAGUUCUGCACUGGAGAGCCAAAGUAGUUCUGCACUAGACAGACAAGGUAGUUCUGCUCUGGACAGCCAAACUAGUUCUGCACUGGAGAGCCAAAACAGCCAAGGUAGUUCUGCUCUGGACAGCCAAACUAGUUCUGAACUGGAGAGCCAAACUAGUUCUGCACUAGACAGCCAAAGUAGUUCUGCACUGAAGAGUCAAACUAGCUUUGCACUGGAGAGCCAAACUAGUUCUGCUCUAGACAGCCAAGGUAAUUCUGCUGUGGGCAACCAAACUAGUACUGCACUGGACAACCAAACUAGUUCUGCACUGGAGAGCCAAAGUACUUCUGCUCUGGACAACUAA